AUGGCCGCUGAGAAGCUCAGAGAUUUGAGCCAACCUAUUGAUGUGCCCUUACUCGAUGCUACCGUCGCCGCCUUCUACGGCACCGGAUCUAAGCUAGAGAGAAGUGCUGCUGAUUCAAUUUUGCGGGAUUUGCAAGAGAAUCCUGAUAUGUGGCUUCAAGUUAUGCAUAUCUUGCAGAAUACUCAAAAUCUCAAUACCAAGUUCUUUGCAUUGCAGGUUCUUGAAGGUGUCAUUAAAUAUAGAUGGAAUGCAUUACCUGCUGAGCAGCGAGACGGGAUGAAGAAUUUCAUCUCGGAUAUCAUUGUACAGCUUUCCAGCAAUGAGGCCUCAUUUCGGACGGAAAGGUUGUAUGUCAACAAACUCAAUAUUAUAUUAGUUCAGAUUUUGAAGCAUGAGUGGCCAGCAAGAUGGCGAAGCUUUAUUCCUGAUCUUGUCUCAGCAGCUAAAGCUAGUGAAACAAUCUGUGAGAAUUGCAUGGCUAUAUUGAAACUUUUGAGUGAAGAGGUUUUUGAUUUUUCGAGAGGAGAAAUGACACAGCAGAAGAUUAAAGAGCUUAAACAGUCAUUAAACAGUGAAUUUCAACUCAUACACGAGUUGUGCUUAUACGUUCUAUCAGCAUCUCAAAGGGCUGAGCUCAUACGUGCUACACUGUCAACAUUGCAUGCCUUCUUAUCAUGGAUUCCCUUGGGUUAUAUAUUUGAAUCCCCGUUGCUUGAGACACUCCUAAAGUUUUUCCCGGUUCCAGCAUAUCGGAACCUAACGUUGCAAUGUUUAUCUGAGGUGGCAUCCCUUCAAUUUGGGGAUUAUUAUGAUGUGCAGUAUGUCAAGAUGUAUGGUAUAUUCAUAGGUCAAUUGCAGAACAUACUCCCGCCUACAACAAAUAUACCCGAGGCAUAUGCACAUGGCUCUACUGAAGAACAAGAUUUUAUACAGAACCUGGCACUGUUCUUCACUUCAUUUUAUAAGGUUCAUAUCCGCAUCCUAGAAUCCACUCAAGAGAAUAUAUCAGCUUUGCUGUUGGGCCUUGAAUAUCUUAUCAGCAUUUCAUAUGUUGAUGAUACUGAGGUUUUUAAGGUGUGUUUGGACUACUGGAAUUCCUUAGUGUCUGAGCUGUUUGAGCCGCACCGAAGUUUGGAUAAUCCUGCAGCUUCUGCAAACUUAAUGGGACUUCAGGUAGCAGGAAUGCUUCCUGGUAUGGUUGAUGGGCAUGGUUCUCCGCUUCUUCAACGCCGACAGCUUUAUUCUGGUUCUAUGUCAAAGUUGAGGAUGCUAAUGAUCUGCCGAAUGGCUAAACCUGAAGAGGUUCUCAUAGUUGAAGAUGAAAAUGGGAAUAUUGUCCGUGAGACCAUGAAGGACAAUGAUGUUCUUGUUCAAUAUAAGAUUAUGAGGGAGACUCUUAUUUACUUGUCACAUCUUGACCAUGAAGAUACUGAAAAACAGAUGCUGAGGAAAUUAAGUAAACAACUCAGUGGUGAGGAUUGGACAUGGAACAAUUUGAACACACUCUGCUGGGCAAUUGGAUCUAUAUCUGGUUCCAUGAUUGAAGAACAGGAAAACCGAUUUUUGGUUAUGGUAAUUCGUGAUUUAUUAAAUCUAUGUGAAAUCACGAAGGGAAAAGAUAAUAAAGCAGUUAUUGCAAGUAAUAUCAUGUACGUUGUUGGCCAGUAUCCACGAUUUUUAAGAGCUCAUUGGAAGUUUCUUAAAACUGUUGUUAACAAGUUGUUCGAAUUUAUGCAUGAGACACAUCCUGGAGUUCAGGAUAUGGCCUGUGACACUUUUUUGAAAAUAGUUCAGAAGUGCAAGCGGAAGUUUGUGAUCACCCAGGUUGGCGAAAAUGAGCCAUUUGUAUCGGAACUUCUAUCGGGCCUUCCAAUCACUAUUGCAGAUCUUGAACCCCAUCAGAUACAUUCCUUCUAUGAAUCUGUUGCUCAUAUGGUUCAAGCAGAGUCUGAUUCUCAAAAGAGAGAUGAAUAUAUUCAGCGGUUGAUGGGGCUCCCUAAUCAGAAAUGGAUGGAAAUUAUUGGUCAGGCACAUCAAAAUGUUGAAUUUUUGAAGGAUCAGGAUGUAAUACGGACUGUACUUAAUAUACUGCAGACGAAUACAAGUGUUGCAUCUUCUUUAGGGACAUUUUUCCUUCCCCAAAUCACAUUGAUCUUUUUGGACAUGUUAAAUGUGUACAGAAUGUACAGUGAGCUUAUUUCAAAAAGUAUUUCAGAAGGGGGACCUUAUGCAUCUAAAACAUCCUAUGUGAAGCUUCUACGUUCGGUUAAGAGAGAGACACUUAAAUUAAUUGAGACAUUCUUGGAUAAGGCUGAAGAUCAACCCCAGAUUGGAAAGCAAUUUGUGCCACCAAUGAUGGAUCCUGUUCUGGGAGAUUAUGCUAGGAAUGUUCCCGAUGCAAGGGAAUCAGAGGUUUUGUCCCUUUUUGCCACAAUAGUAAACAAAUAUAAGGCUACCAUGAUUGAAGAUGUACCUCGGAUAUUUGAAGCUGUCUUUCAGUGCACACUAGAGAUGAUUACAAAAAAUUUCGAGGAUUACCCAGAGCACCGGCUUAAGUUCUUCUCUCUGCUCCGUGCCAUAGCUACUCACUGUUUUCCUGCACUAAUCUGCUUGUCAAGUCAGCAAUUGAAGCUUGUUAUGGAUUCAAUCAUGUGGGCAUUUCGGCAUACAGAAAGGAAUAUUGCUGAAACUGGUCUGAACCUGUUGCUGGAGAUGCUGAAGAAGUUUCAGGGCUCAGAGUUCUGUAAUCAGUUCUACCGGACAUAUUUCUUGACAACUGAAAAUGAGAUAUUUGCUGUCUUAACUGAUACUUUUCAUAAGCCUGGGUUCAAAUUACAUGUCUUGGUGCUUCAGCAUUUGUUUUGUCUGGUGGAAACUGGUCUGCUAACCGAGCCCCUCUGGGAUGUUACUACAACUUCAUAUUCAUACUCAAAUAAUGCAGCUUUUGUACGCGAGUACACUAUAAAGCUUCUAACUGCUUCUUUCCCUAAUAUGACAACAGCUGAGGUUACCCAAUUUGUUAAUGGGCUCUUCAAGUCUACAACUGAUCUCUCUACAUUUAAAACUCAUAUACGAGAUUUUCUUAUACAGUCAAAAGAAUUUUCAGCUCAGGAUAACAAAGAUCUCUACGCAGAGGAGGCUGCAGCACAGAGAGAGAGGGAACGACAAAGAAUGCUUUCUAUUCCGGGGCUGAUAGCGCCAAGCGAGUUGCAAGAUGAAAUGGUGGACUCAUAG